AUGCUCCUAGUCUUGCAGAUGAUGGACCAGCUCCCGGCAGUGCAUGGCUCAUUGCCAGGGAGCCUGGCAAACAGUACGGAUGAGCUAGACGUGGCUAUUUGGGAAGGCUCGAAGUUGUUUAGGGCAGCUGAGUUGGAAGAUGAGACACGGAGCUUGCUUUGCCAAAGCCGAGACGAGGAACAAAGUCGCCGAGCUGCUGAGGAGGAACACAGUCGCCGAUCUGCUGAGGAACUGCUUGCUGAGGAAGAGAGACACGAAAGAGAGAAGAGAAAGAGGAGAGAAAAGAGAGAAAAGGCAGAAAAGAAAGAUGCGCAUCUGUCCAACAAAAAGCUAAAGAGUAGAGACACCAAGGCCAAGCAGGCUGGAAGCUCUGAAAAUAGUGCAGAAGAAGAUGCAAACGAGAAGGAGGAUUCUUUUGAAGUUGAGUGGCGUGCUUUCCACGAGGAUAUCUCGGAUCCCGUGUCCAAACUUCGGCACAACUUUCCCAUAUUUGAUGAUGACGUGCUCAGUGCACAUCUCAUGGAGGCUUCGUACGACCUGGAAAAGGCAGUGGUUUCACUUUCCAAGCUAGAAGCAGAACCUGUUGCAGUUUUGGAGCCGGCUGAUAUUCCGCGUUCUUCGAACCCUCCUCUUCGAAGUGGAGAGCCUAAGAGGCUGAUGGCUAAUGUCAUUGCCAGAACAGACCAUCCGAAAAUGCCACUUUACUGCUUCAUCGCAGUCGUCGCGAAGUCAAACCAGUCGCAGAAAUAUCGAGCAGGCCAAAUUGUCAGACCUAUUCCCGAAGACAGAUUCCGGCUCUUAGGUGACGAGAAGGGUCACUUCUGGCUGAAGAAGACCAAGGUGCCCCAGAUUGGAGACAUCGUGGAAGUUUGCUUUUUUGAGGAGGAUGCUCGUGACUAUUUGGAGACAGCUCAUGGAACGUAUCCGCACCAGAACGAGGACCUUUUGUGUACAACCUUGACGCUGCACAGCCGUUGCGACCUUGAAAGAAACGCCACGGCAGGCAUGGCCCUGUUCAACAUGGCAGUGGAUGAUGUGGAGUUGCAGUGGCCUUGGAAGAGUGCUCUCGGAAAGUUUGACGCCGUCCAGCCAGGCAAAAGGAUUUGGUUUGUACAUCCGAAGAAGCAUUUGCGAUCAGUGAUGAUUUUGCGAGUCAAAAGCUGGGAGACUGUGAACUUCAAGUACCGCAAUGCCUCCAGCGAUAGAAUCAGUGUGGACUUCUCAGCAGGACGACGCCGUCUCACUGACAUCGCCGUAACUGCUGCUGGCUUCGAUGCUUCCCCUGCGGAGCUGAACCGGAGGUUUGCUGAGAAGUCGAAAGAAAGGGAGCAGCUGUUCAUUCUAGGCCUUGCCCGUGCGGAGCAUCGAGGCCCGGAAGGAUACAAUCGUCUUGGGGAUUGCCCAGAACGGCAGAGGCGACAGCUGGAUGUGAAGACACUUGAUGAGUAUUGUCAGAUCCUUCUUAUUGGGGUUCUACCAUAUCCGAAAGAAGUCGAGGGGUCGGUUGGGAGUCUGUUUGACGGGGCAGGCCUUUCAGCUGAAUCCGGAGAUGUG